UAGAAGUGAGAUUCAGUCAUGUGAGAGACUAAACAAGAAAGAUGCUUACUGAGUAAGGUGGGAUCCAACAAGGGUGUAGUACAGAAUGCAACAAUUUAUGAAUUACUUUUUUCUAAGGUAGCUAAACAUAACAACAUUUAAUGAAGAAAGGCAAACUUACCUAUCUGGUAUAUUUGUGAUUCCUGAUGAUUAAUUACUUGAAGAUUAAUACAUUUGAAAUUCACCAGUCUUAGAAAUGGAAGAAAGUGAUGAACCUGAUCAGCCUAUCUCAGCAGGGAGGCAAGAAAUUCGAAAGAGAAGACAACCCAGUCAACCAAUGGUAGAUAAAUCCCAGCAGACCAAAGUGACAGAGAAAAAGAAAAAUUUGCCUAUAUCACAAUCAUCUGGCCCUAAAGCUACCCUUAGUAUUGGUAACAUUCCUGGAAGUAAAGUCAACUGUGAGUCUUUCAGAGUAUCUUCUCAACUUCAGCAAACUUGGACAAAGAGAAAGCAUGUACAGGAUAUGACUGAUAAAUCUCUGCAAACAGACACUAUUGUAGAAGAGAAAAAAGAAGAAAUCAAACCAGUUGGUGAAACAGUGGUACCUGAAGAAAUGCCAGCUGCUCUUGGAGAAGCAGUCCCUGAAUUUCCAGAAAGUGUUCAGGAAGUAGAAAUUCUGACAAGCAGACACUCAAUUCAAUUCAAAAUAGACAGAUCUCAGCAGACCAGUUGUACUGGAGACUGGACAAUGAUGAACAUUCCUCACAAAGAAACAGUGGACAGAGAACAGCAGACAUACUUUAGUGAAUCAGAAAUAGUGGUAAUUGGUAGGCCAGAUAGCUCUUUUUCAAAGUCAAAUGAAGUUGUGCAGAAACGUAAAUCCUCAGGGAAGAUUUUCAUUAGUGAACAUCCUGAAUUGCAACCCUCAACAAGUAGAGAUGAAGCAAUUAGGCAGGUAGGUAUUAGCAGAUCUUCAUUUAGUCAGCAAAGCAAAAAAGGUAGUUUGGUACCUUUAGAAGAUGAGCAGUACGUUCUGGGUGAGGUCCAGCCCCCCAUUGCAGAGGAGGUCUCUGCUGAAGUGCAACCUACACCAGCUGUGGACAUUAUUGCAGGAAAGUCCGCUACUGAACUUCAGUCUCCACAAAUUGAGGAGGCUCCAGCAGAAAAGGGCCCUGCCAAAGUACAGCCAACCCUGGGUGAAGAGGCUCUUUCAGAAGGGCCUCCUGCUGAGGUUCAGUCUCCAAAAGUUGAAGAAGCUCCUGUACAGCCUUUCCCAGAUGAGGAGACUCCUGAAGAAGAGGCCCCUACUAAAGUGGAGUCUAUCUCUGCUGAAGAGGCUUUUUCAGAAGAGCCUCUAUCAGCUGUGGAGGCCCCUACAGAAGAGGCCUCAGCUGAAGUUCAGUCUCCACCAGCUGAGGAGGCCCCUGCAGAAGAGGCCCCAGCUGAAGUUCAGUCUCUACCAGCUGAAGAGGCCCCUGCAGAGGAGGCCCCAGCUGAAGUUCAGUCUCUACCAGCUGAAGAGGCCCCUGCAGAGGAGGCCCCAGCUGAAGUUCAUUCUCCACUAGCUGAGGAGGUCCCUGCAGAGGAGGCCCCACCUAAAGUUCAGUCUCCACCAGCUGAAGAGGCCCCUGCAGAGGAGGCCCCAGCUGAAGUUCAGUCUCUACAAGCUGAGGAGGCCCCAGCUGCAGUUCAGUCUCCACCAGCUGAGGAGGCCCCUGUAGAAGAGGCCCCUGCAGAAGAGGCCCCAGCUGAAGUUCAGUCUCUACCAGCUGAACAGGCCCGUGCAGAGGAGGCCCCAGCUGAAGUUCAAUCUCUACAAGCUGAGGAGACCCCUACAGAGGAGGCCUCAGCUGAAGUUCAGUCUCUACAAGCUGAGGAGACGCCUACAGAGGAGGCCCCAGCUGAACUUCAGUCUCCACCAGCUGAGGCCCAAGUUGAAGUUUAUUCUCCACCAGCUGAGGAGGCCCCUGUAGAAGAGGCCCGAGCUGAGGUUCAGUUUCCACCAGCUGAGGAGACCCCUGCGGGGGAGGCUCCAUCUGAAGUUCAGUCUCCACCAGCUGAGGAGUCCCCUGCAGAGGAGGCCCCAGCUGAAGUUAAUUCUCCACUAGCUGAGGAGGUCCCUGCAGAAGAGGCUCCAGCUGAAGUUCAGUCUCCACCAGCUGAAGAGGCCCCUGCAGAGGAGGCCCCAGCUGAAGUUCAGUCUCUACAAGCUGAGGAGGCCCCUGCAGAGGAGGCCCCAUAUGAAGUUCAGUCUCCACCAGCUGAGGAGGCCCCUGCAGAGGAGGCCCCAUAUGAAGUUCUGGCUCCACCAACUGAGGCCCCAGCUGAAGUUCAGUCUCUACCAGCUGAGGAGGCCCCUGAAGAAAAUACCUCAUAUGAAAUUUGGUCUCCAUCAGCUGAGGAGGCCUCUGCUGAACUUCGGUCUCCAUCAACUGAAGACACUACUUUAGAAAUGGUCUCUGUUGACAAACAGUUUCCAGAAGCCAAGGAGGACUUUAUUACACAAAUCUCUAUAGAAAAUGACCUUAUUCCACCAUCUGAACAAACUGCUGCAUAUGAGGCUCUGGUAGACCAUGUGUCUACUGAAUAUCAAAAUCUCCAGACUGAUGUCCCAGGGAUAAAAUUAGAAUCAAAGGUUUUGGAAGAUCAGCAAAAACUCGAAGAGCCUUUGGAACUGGAUCCUGUCCCUGAGGAUUUGUCUAACAUCAAGAAAGAACAGGUUCCUACCUUUGAAAUAGAGGGUGUCAUCCAUGUACAACUAGAAUAGAGGCCUCUUCCUGAGCUCUAAUUAGCUCUUAACUAAGCUAGCAAUCAGAAGCUACAGGCUUCUGGACAUGCACACUUAAGAAAAGUAUAGGUAUCUGGAAGUAAAUACCUAAAAGGAAAUCCCAAGAUGUGGACUGCUGGCUGGAAAAUGAACAAUAAAAACUAGUGGUUUAAAAUUA